GAACGCGCUCUUCUUGGCGCGUCUCCCCCUCGCGCCGGCGGCUGUGGUGCCGCCCAAGGCGGAAGCGGCUCCCUGACGGAACCGGCUCGCGGGCGCAGUUAUGGCUGCGGGUAUCCCUUGUGCGCUGGUCACCAGCUGUUCCUCUACCUUCACCGGAGACCGGCUGGUCCAACAUAUUCUUGGAAUAGAAGAUCUUACUGUGGAAGUGACUUCCAAUGAUGCUGUGAGAUUUUAUCCCUGGACCAUUGAUAAUAAAUACUAUUCAGCAGAUAUCAAUCUAUGUGUGGUGCCAAACAAAUUUCUUGUCACUGCAGAGAUUGCGGAGUCUGUCCAAGCAUUUGUGGUUUACUUUGACAGCACACAAAAAUCAGGUCUUGAUAGUGUCUCCUCAUGGCUUCCCCUGGCAGAAGCAUGGUUACCUGAGGUGAUGAUCUUGGUCUGUGACAGAGUAUCUGAAAAUGGUGUAAACCGACAAAAAGCUCAAGAAUGGUGCAUCAAACAUGGCUUUGAGUUAGUAGAACUUAGCCCAGAGGAGUUACCAGAGGAAGAUGAUGACUUCCCAGAAUCUACAGGAGUAAAGCGAAUUGUACAAGCCUUGAAUGCCAAUGUCUGGUCCAAUGUGGUGAUGAAGAAUGACAGGAACCAGGGCUUUAGCCUUCUCAACUCAUUGGCCGGAACAAACCAUAGCAUUGGGUCAACAGAGACCUGUCACUCCGAGCAGCCCCAUUUGCCAGCAGCAGGUAGGACUGAAUCCCUCUCUGGUCAGCGGGGAGGCGCAUCUAACACAGCAGAUGCUCAGGUCGACAGCAUCGUGGAUCCCAUGUUAGAUCUGGAUAUUCAAGAAUUAGCCAGUCUUACUACUGGAGGAGGAGAUUUGGAGAAUUUUGAAAGACUGUUUUCAAAGUUAAAGGAAAUGAAAGACAAGGCUGCGACGCUUCCUCACGAGCAAAGAAAGUUGCAUGCAGAAAAGGUGGCCAAAGCAUUCUGGAUGGCAAUUGGGGGAGACAGAGAUGAAAUUGAAGGCCUUUCAUCUGAUGAAGAACACUAAAUUAUUCUCACUAGGGUUUGACUAACAAAGAUUCUAGCUCUAUCUAAGAUAACUUCCUUACUCAAUCCAGUCAUAUUUUGCUGAAAUUCCCAUUAUCAUGUUGGCAGCCUGACUUAUAAUGGUUCAGUUAAUUUUAGUUUUUAGUAGGGCAUUAAAGAGAGAUCUUUUCUCCCUCAGUAUAUUUUAAGGGAAUGAGGAAUAUAAGGAUAAUAAUGAGUGAGAAUUUCUUAGAUAGACUGUUUUUGGUCUAGGCAUGGGGGUAGAAUGAGUUUCAGAGGUCUGUGUGAUUUACCCAGAUGGAAGAAGAAAACCACCAGGCCAUUCCUAGUCAGCCCUUUGCAUUCUCUACCUUCACACUUGAUAGUGCACACCAGGGGCUGAAUUGUAUCACCUUUCCUGGGUGUUUUGGGUUUUCUCCAUUUAAGGAGCUUGUGGCUCUGAGCUAUGAUGCUUUUAGGGGAAGGAAAUGAGGGAACUGCAGAUUUGAUUUGUACUAUAGUAUAGAUGGGGCCAAAGUUAGUGGCCAACAGGUUAGUCUCUAACUAAAAAAAAAAAAGUGCUUCCGGCCAUUUCUUUUGAAGUGUAGUAUCUGAACUUAUGCUAGAAAGAAUGGAAAAACCAGUGUGAAUUUUUGGACUAUUAUAAAUGAGGCAAAAGUUUCCGACUCUGGUGGGGAUAAAACCCCUCUAACUGAGCUGUGGGGGGUGGGGGGUGUGUCUAAGACAGAGAAAGAAUCUCAAGGAAUCCCUAUAUGGGUCAUGGAAACAGUGAGUGAGCACGUACUGAGAUUUUUGCGUGAGCAUUAUUGUGAAGAAACUCUUCUGCCUUAGAAUUCUCCCUGCUACUUGAGAUGCCAGAGUUGUGUUGUCAAACUUUAUUAUACCCUCAAAACAAGGCAGGUUUCCCCCUCUUUCUCUUUUAAAGCCAAACAGAGAUCACUGCCAAAAAUAGCAAUACUAAGGGGUGGGUGAGGAUGCAAAAUGUUAGGCAAAGGAUUCCUGAGCACCUUGUUUCCAGGGCUGAUAGCCCCUCUGUAACCUUCCAGCACUGUAGCCCUUAGGGAAUACCCUUUGCUCUUUAUCCUUUGUCUUGUUCCAAUGGGUCAGCCCAGAGGGACUGAUUGCCAAAGGGAAAGUUUUUAAAGGAAGAGUGAAAGUAUAGCAAAUAAAAUCCUGAUUUCUGUUUUCGUAGACACUUCUGUAAUGCAUGUCAUUGUCCUUCACUGUGGUAGUUACUGAUGCAGCUCUAAAGUGGCACUGAGCACAGUGGGUGGAAGGUGCCAGUACAUGGCUAAGAACUGGCUCUGGCCUAAUGUGGGCUCUGGAACUGUUCACACAGCAUGAAAGGAACACAGGAUGGGUCAGGAGCAGAAACAGAGCUCACAUCCCCACCCCCCUCCAGGUGCCACUUGUAAGCACUGAAGAAUCUGAAACAGUGGCAGAAGGAAUGGAAUGCUGCAGGGGCUGGAGGGCCAGAGUGACCACAGGGAGGAGACCUCUCAGAGAUUGGGGCAUUCAGGAGGAGGCAUUCUGGGAACGCUGGAAGCUGUCUUGCUUCGUGACCUUUUUUUUCUGUUUGUUUUUCUUUUUUAAACUGUUCUGAAGGACUUUUUGAUUCCAUGGUUCACCGCCAUCUCACCAGUGUUUCUUUGAGGUGACUGCAUCAAGGAAGUUGGCUCUAGGGUUACAAAACGAAAGGUGGAACAUGUUUUUGUUAAACUAUGGGAGGUUUUAGAAAAUAUAUUAGGCCUCAUGGUUAGGAAAAACAGACCAGAAAAAGCUGUGAACUUGAUUUUGUGGAUUAAACAAAGACAGGUGAUUAAAAUAUGAUUUAUUUAUAAA